AUGGAGCAGGCCGAGGCGCACAACGGCAGCGGGGCGGCCGAAGCCCCCACGGCCGGCACGCGGCCCCCGGCCACCGCCGAGGGCAUGGCGCUGGCCUACGGCAGCCUGGUGGUCAUGGCCCUGCUGCCCAUCUUCUUCGGGGCGCUGCGCUCCGUCACUUGCGCCAAAGGGAAGAAUGCUUCGGAUAUGCCAGAAACCAUCACCAGCCGAGACGCGGCCCGUUUUCCGAUCGUUGCCAGCUGUACUCUCCUAGGACUCUAUCUCUUCUUCAAAAUCUUCUCUCAAGAAUAUAUCAACCUGCUGCUUUCCAUGUAUUUCUUCGUCCUCGGGAUCCUCGCCCUGUCUCACACCAUCAGCCCCAUGAUGAAUAAGUUUUUCCCGGUCAACUUUCCCAACAAGCAGUAUCAGCUCCUUUUUACUCAAGGCUCUGGGGAAGCAAAGGAAGAGAUUGUCAACUACGAAUUUGACACCAAGGACCUCGUCUGCCUGGCCAUGAGCAGCAUUGUGGGCGUCUGGUACCUGCUGAGGAAGCACUGGAUCGCCAACAACCUCUUUGGCCUGGCCUUCUCUCUCAACGGAGUGGAGCUGUUACACUUGAACAACGUCAGCACGGGCUGCAUCCUGCUUGGUGGUCUCUUCGUCUAUGACGUCUUCUGGGUCUUUGGCACCAACGUGAUGGUGACUGUGGCCAAGUCAUUUGAAGCCCCCAUCAAACUGGUUUUCCCCCAAGAUCUGCUGGAGAAAGGCUUGGAAGCCGACAAUUUUGCCAUGCUGGGCUUGGGUGACAUUGUCAUUCCAGGUAUCUUCAUCGCUCUUCUCUUGCGCUUUGAUAUCAGCCUGAAAAAGAACACACACACCUACUUCUACACCAGUUUUGUGGCCUACAUUCUUGGACUGAGCCUCACCAUCUUCAUCAUGCAUGUCUUCAAACAUGCUCAGCCAGCUCUGUUGUACCUGGUUCCGGCUUGCAUCGGCUUCCCGCUUCUGGUAGCCUUGGCCAAAGGAGAAGUGACCGACAUGUUCAGCUACGAAGAGAACGCCACCUCGAAGGAAGUGACGGGAGACCCCAAAGAAGAGAAGACAGAGACAGACCCCGAGAAGAAAGAGAAAUGACCGUGGGCGCCUGCGCAGGCCGGGCUUUGACCCCCUCCCCGACCCC